AAGUGGGAGAACUGCCCGGCCACUCUCCUCGUCCCGCCCCGGCCGGGCCCGGCCUCCGCGCCUGCCAAUGGGCGGCAGGGGCGGGACUGGUCCCGGCUCCAUGGGGUCCCGAGGGAAGCUGUGCCCAGGGCACCCUGGCUUGUGAAGCGUCACCUGGCUAACCUGGAAUUGAAGCAGGACAACACCAGCCCCUCCUAGUCCUAACAAGGGCUCGCCUGCUGACUCUGCCCUCUUGGGAAAGAUGGGAAAGGGCUACAAGGUGGUGGUGUGUGGAAUGGCCUCGGUGGGAAAGACUGCGAUUUUGGAGCAGCUUCUCUAUGGAAAGCACACUAUUGGUUUAGAAGAGGGUGCCACAAUGGAAGAUGUGUAUUUGGCAUCGGUGGAAACAGACCGAGGUGUGAAGGAACAGUUACGGCUUUAUGACACCAGGGGUCUGCAGGAGGGCGUAGAAGUGCCAAAGCACUAUUUCUCUGUCGCUGAUGCCUUCGUUCUCGUGUAUGCUGUGACCAGCCUCGAAGCUUUCCAAAGAGUGGAACUGCUCAAAAAGGAGAUUGAUGUCUUUAGAGACAAAAAGGAGGUAACAGUUAUUGUCCUGGGAAACAAAACUGACCUCGUGGACCAAAGGCAAGUGGAAACAGAAGCAGCACAGCAAUGGGCAAGGGCUGAGAAAGUGAGACUGUGGGAAGUGACUGUAACAGAUCGGAAAACACUGCUUGAGCCCUUCACCUUCUUAGCUAGCAAACUCUCUCAGUCCCAGAACAAAUCAACAUUUCCCUUGCCUGGAAGGAAGAGCAAAGGGAAUAACUGUGAUAACUAAGCUACCUAAGCUGCCAGGUCACUGUCUAAGUCCUUUCUGUGCCAUGCUUCUCACAGUUUCACUUAAAGCAAUAAUCUCAUUCAGGAAUAAAAUCUGCAAGUUUA